AUGGGGACGCGCAUUUGAUGACUAGAGACAGGUCAGGGACGGAGACACGCCACCACUGCGCUAUCUCGGACACGAGAUUCGGAUAUUGUGUCGCUAUAUUUUUCGACACAUUAUUUCUUAAUGUAGUGACAAAAAGCGGGGAAUAUGGGACCGUCUAAACACUAUCAAAGGGAUUUCGAAUCGCCAGAACGCGAGUACGUGAUGACGCAGCGCAGCGUGCGCGCGACCGGUAGAGAGCGCGCCAAACCUGGAAGUGCGCGAGAUCUUCGCGUCGUUUCCUCCCAGCGAAGUGAUCUUUUGAUUUAGCGAUGGUUUCAGAGGCUGUAGCAAUCCGCAAGUUCGUCUCCCGAGAGCUGCAGAGGUGCUCCCUCAGCACUUUGACACUUGGCAUACUACGAAAGAAGUAUCUGGAGCAUGUGGGCAGGGACUCACUCACUGCAGAACACAGACAGCUGCUCAAGCAAAUCGUAGAAGAAGAACUAUUAAAAAUGCAGGACAGCAGCAGUGAUGAUGAACCAUUAAUAAUGAGUGUGAGUCCACCACAGAAUCAAAAUAAACGGAAAAGGGAAGACGAAGAAGAUGAGGAAGAGGCGCAAAACAAAGAUGAUGUGUCUAGAAAGAAGAAAUCACGUUUUGCGCCAGAUCCCCCAGAUUCCCCAGACUCUGGAAUAGAGAAAGUAGCAAAUGAGGAACAGCUUAAAGAAGGGGAUGAUGAUGAUGGAAGUGAUAAGGACAUGGAAGAAGAGAGUGAAGAAGAACAGAAUGCAAAGACUCAAAGGAAGAAGCCAAAAGAACAGCGUAAUGUGAAAAGGAAUAGGAAGGGGAAAAUGAGCUCAGAAAGUGAUGAAGAGGAGGAGGAGGAGGAGCAGAAAAAUAAGGCAAAGAAGAAGGGGAAGGUUUUAGAUAGUGACGAAGAUGAUCACAUCAGCUCCAGCAGUUCUGAUGAAGACAAAGAAAAUCAGCACGCAAAAGCCAGAGGUGGAAAGACAAAGCAAAGCACGAGCUCUGACAACGAGGAGGAGGUGAGUGAUGAAGACUUGAAAGAUGAAGACAAAGAAAAUCAAAAGAAAGCAAAAGCUAGAGGUCGAAAGAAAAAGCAAAGUGUGAGUUCGGACAGCCUGGAGGACGUGAGUGGUGAAGAGAUGAAGAACAAAGGUGAGAUAAAGGAUGUUGGAAAAAAGAGCAAAGCAGCCGCUCAGAAGAAGAGAAAAAGAAAAGAGGAUAAAAAAGAGCCAAAGUCACCGGAGAGUGAGGCGGUUAGAAAAAUGCAGAAGGAAGUCUUCGGGAGUAGCUCUGAAAGUGAAGAAGACGAGGCAAGGAAAACAGAAAGGAAAGGCACGAGUGAAAGCAGUGAAGACGAGAGUGAUAAAGAAAUGAAUAAAAAGAAAGAUGUUGAUAAAGUGUCCUCUGAUGAAGAAGUGAAAGAAACAGUGAAAGCAAAGGAUAAAGACAGGGAAGAGGCAGAGGAUUCAGACUCCUCCUCUUCUUCCUUGCCCUCUCUGGAGGAGGAUGGAGAAGCAGGGGGGAAGAAGCCGAAACAGGAAGAAGAGAAGAAAAAAAAGAGUGUGUCAAAGAAAAAGAGUAGUGAAAUGAGUGAAAGCAAGGCCAAAGGAGGAAAGGAUGAUGAGAAUAAAGCCGUGUCUAGACUUAAGCGCUACAUCGCUCUCUGUGGCGUACGGCGUAACUAUAAGAAGCUUUUAGAGGGCUGCCGCUCAGUGAAGGCCAAAGUUGCUGUGCUCAAGAAAGAACUGGAAGAGCUGGGGGUGGAAGGUCAGCCGUCCAUAGAGAAGUGUAAAAAGGCCAGAAUGAAGAGAGAGGAAGCUCAGGAGCUGGCAGAACUGGAUGUCAGCAACAUAAUCACCACUCAGGGUCGUCCUAAACGGCGAGCUGCAGCACCAUGGACGAAUCUUCAGAGUAGCUCACCUCCACCAUCAGCCUACAAACGUGUGGUGGGCUCUGACUCAGACAGUGAAGAGGGCAACGCGGGCAAGAGGCGCAAGAGAGCAACAGACUGGCGCAAUCUGCAGGGGAUCAUCAGCGAUGACGCAGACAGCAACUAGCCAGCUUUCUCACUAUAGACUGUAGACGAAGUGUUCAUAAUGUAUUCUGUUCAAGCUCUUCAGUCUAUUCUAAGUUUGUUACCAUGUUUUCCUAUGAUGAAUAUUUAUCAGUGCACUACUUUUAUAUGCUAAUGUUCCUUUAUGCAAUUUAUUGAAAUAAUAAAGAAUUGUCAUUUGUA